GCAGCAGGCGCUGCUCCUCUUCAGAUUCAGGUUGAACCCGCGCGCAUCCAGGAGUCAUAUCGGACCCGGACCAGAACCUAUAAGGAUCCCGACCAGAAUAGACCCGAACUGGACUCUCCUCUGUCUUUCUUCCUGCUCGGUUCGGUCGAACCCUUCCUGGUUCGGUUCGGAUCUUCUUCCUCUUCUUUUUUCCUCGCUCUUUUGCGCAUCAAGGAUCUCGUUCUGUCCCGGUUCCGACCGACAUGUGCGGGGAAGCGAACCGGACCAGAGCGCACCGCACAGGGCUGUGAACGCAGAACCACGGCGUGCCGUUACGCGCGCCCCCGGCCGUGCGCGUGAAUGAAGAGAUGGAGCGAAAAGUCCUGAGUCAGGUGGUCUGCGUGUGUUUCCUGCUGAGUGGACGAGUUUCCUCGUUAGAGCUGACCUGUGAGACGUUGAUCCUGCUGUCCACCAACCUGACAGCGAGGAUGUUGGUGUUGCUCAACCAGACGUUCACCAUCAGCAACUCCUCAGGUGUGUACUGUGACCUCUCGGUGGACGGCAUCGGGACCUGCUGGCCGCGCAGCGCAGCUGGAGAGCUGAUCUCCAGACCCUGUCCAGAGCAGUUCAACGGCAUCCACUACAACACCACCAACCGUGUCUACAGAGAGUGCCAAUCCAACGGAACCUGGGCACCUCGAGGAAACUACAGUCAGUGCACCGAGAUCAUCGUCCUGAGGAAGAGUAAAGUUCACUAUCAUGUGGCCGUGAUCAUCAACUACCUGGGUCACUGCAUCUCUCUGGGGGCUCUGCUGCUCGCCUUCAUGCUCUUCAUGAGACUCAGGAGCAUCCGCUGUCUGAGGAACAUCAUUCACUGGAAUCUGAUCUCAGCCUUCAUCCUGAGGAACGCCACCUGGUUCAUCGUCCAGUUAACCAUGAACCCAUCAGUUACCGAGAGCAACCAGGUGUGGUGCAGGUUGGUGACUGCAGCCUACAACUACUUCCAUGUGACCAACUUCUUCUGGAUGUUUGGGGAAGGAUGCUACCUGCACACCGCCGUGGUGCUCACCUACUCCACCGACAAACUCAGAAAGUGGAUGUUCAUCUGCAUCGGAUGGGGCAUUCCGUUUCCCAUCAUUGUGGCGUGGGCUUUUGGGAAGCUGUACUACGACAACGAGAAGUGCUGGUUUGGCAAAAAGACAGGUGUUUAUACGGAUUACAUCUACCAAGGUCCUAUGAUCCUGGUCCUGCUGAUUAACUUCGUCUUCCUGUUUAACAUCGUUCGGAUUCUGAUGACCAAACUGAGGGCGUCGACCACCUCAGAGACCAUCCAAUACAGAAAGGCGGUGAAGGCCACACUGGUGCUGCUGCCUCUGCUGGGAAUCACCUACAUGCUUUUCUUUGUGAAUCCAGGAGGAGAAGACGAAGUGGCUCAGGUCGUCUUCAUCUACUUUAACUCCAUCCUGGAGUCCUUCCAGGGCUUCUUCGUCUCCGUCUUCUACUGUUUCCUCAACAGUGAGGUGCGCUCCACAGUGAAGAAGCGUUGGAUACGUUGGCACGAUCGUCACUCCAUACGCAGCCGGACGGUCCGCGCCACGUCGCUGCCCACGUCACCCAGCAGGGUAUCCUUCCACAGCAUCAAACAGUCCUCUAACCUCUGACACGCCGCCGCGUCCAAUCACAGCCUCUGAUGUGAACCGUCACUAAUCAGUCGCCUGGAUUGGACCAAUCACAGCGCAGGACAAGCGUCUGCGAGGCCAAUCAGAAGGAAAACUGUCAGUGUAGACUCUGAUUGGCUCACAAGUUGGCCAAUCAUUGGACUCGAUGACUCAGCUGCUUUUAAGGGGUCACAUGAUGCACCAGGCAGCUAUGUUCAUGUAUUUAUUGAUCAGGUGUGUGUAUAAUAGUAAUCACCAGCUUUUUCUCUUGCGGGCCAGCAGGGGGUGCUGCUGAACAUGUGAAGCCUGGUUCUUUGGUUUGUGUUGCUGUAGAGGAUCAUGGUGAGCUUGGUUCUGUUCUGCCACAUCGAAGCACAAACUUAUAAAGGUUCUGAUAGUCGGGAAUCAUAAACAAGGAGAUGUUCCACAUUUGAAUCUUACUCCAAACCACUGCAGCUAAAGCUAACUCUGAACAUCUAGAACGGGGGUGUCCAAACUUUUCGUCACAUGGGCCAAAAUCGUCAACUCAAAAGUACUCAAAUAUCAUUUUUAAAACUUUUUUAGCUACUCAACCAUAACUUACCAUCGACUGUUUUAAAUUAACAAUAAUUUUUUUUGUUUUUCCAAAAGUUAUUAUUCUGGACUUGAAUGAAAAAAGCUUGAAAAAUAAUUCAUCUAAAUAAAAACAGGAUAAUUUUUAAACCACUUGUGUUUUUAGUCAAGUUUAAUACAGCAAUUAAAACCAGGCUUGCUGUACUUUAGAGUACAAGUCAAGGAGUAGAUGUUGUCUUAGUUACCAUGACAACAAAGCAUGGAAAAAAAUGUCUUGUAUCUAGCAUUUAUUUUGCAAGUAGAUUUUAAUUCAAAAGUUUAGUUUUUUUUAAUUUAUUCUUUUUAUUAUUAUGGAUUUAUAUUUCAUUCACUAUUCAGUUUAAAAUGAACACAUUUUCACACACGUUUUGAAUGGAAAGGAGUAGUUUGAAGAAAAAAUUUAAAUUUGUGUUCAGGCGGGCCACACAAAUUCAGUUCAGUUCAAAUGGCCCCCGGGCCCUACUUUGAACACCCUUGGCCUAGAGUCAGGUCUUCUCCUCCUCCUCACCGCUCUGUUUCCUGCUGACAAAACCCAGCUCUUCACAGUUUCCCGUCGCCGUCCAGGCGCUGAGGAGCUCUGAGGAGAAGGUCAGCGGCAGUCGGACCCGUGAACCCGGUGGGCCGCGGCUAACACGGGCGUUCCGCUUGAUUUAUCUCCGUGAACUUGAAUGAUCCGCUGGAACCAGGAAACAGGGAGGCUCAGCACCGCACCUCCAAGCUGGAAGCUCAAGGUCAAAAGUUUGGUCCAGAACCAGAACUGACCCGACAGUCAGAAUAGGGUUUUACGGAUUCAGAUUCCCUCUCAGGUUUUGUAUCUACUUGUCUUAUUUGUCCUGCAGGAUGUGAUGUCACUGCACUUCCUGUGUCCCCAAAUCUUCAUCCAGAGAUGAAUAUUCUGGUACCAAUAAUCCUUCAUCACACUGUGGAAUGCACUAUUAUUAUUAUUGCAGUGUCACUACACCCAUAACAGUAAUAGUACAGUAUUACUACUGUAACGUUGCAGCAUUACUUCAGUGUCCGCAGUUACUAUAGUAAUUUUCAGCUUUACAGUGUAACCAUGAGUUGAAUUUUUUGAUUGUUUUUGCACUUUAUUCAGUUUGUCAGAUUUGUUUUCCUUACAGUAAUAUUGAUAUUACAGUGAUACUCCCGAGGUAUUACAGAGAUAUGAGUGUUAUUGCGUUAAUAAUCUGUAAUUACAGUAAUAUUAUUUUAGUAUUACAGUAAUAUUACUUUAGUAUUACAGUAAUAUUUUAGUAUUACAGUAAUAUUAUUUUAGUAUUACAGUAAUAUUACUUUAGUAUUACAGUAACAUUAUUUUAGUAUUACAGUAAUAUUACUUUCAUAUUACAGUAAUAUUGCUGUGAUAUUCUGUAUUUUGAUGUAACCACCCAGCUCUUUACCCGAUUACGUGGCCAUCGUAGUUUUUGCACUUUUUCGACUCUGUUUACAUCCCGUUUUGUUCUGAUAAACUGUAUGAUAUUUUUGCACGUCUGGGCUCAGUUGAGUCCAUUAGUCGAUAAACUAACCCGACCCAGUUCUGGUUGGUCCUGAGAAAACUGGUAGUAACCAUAGUAACCUUAGUCAGUAGGUGUCUAGAAAGAAACUCAGGAUGAAAACUGCUUCUCUUCCUCCUUUUUCUGAACUGUGUUCCUGUGCCUAAUGUGAGUGAUUAUCAAGCUAAUGACUGAUUGAUGAUUUAUUGAUUGAAUGAGUAAAAGCUGCUGCAUUUACUGUAUAAACUUUGUGUUGUUCAUGUCAGAUUAAACUCCUUCUAAUGAUG